UUAGAGGUUAUCAUCACCAUCAUCACCACCACUACCAUCAAUCUCAAUCUCUCACCAUGAUAACAACUGUGAAGAAUGAUUUUGAUGACAUUGACAUGGAAUCCAUUGAUCAAGAAAGUGGAGAAGAAACUACUCAUCUAGAUCUAUCAAGUUCCUCCUUCAACAACAAGACAAUGCUGAAGCUGCACCAUCUGCAUGCAGAUGAAAAGUCCACCAUUAACAAAAGGUACAUACCCCUUUUGAUAAUCAACUAUCUUCUCCUCUUUCUAGGCUCACUUUCUUCAAGUUUACUCUCUAAAUACUAUUUCAUCCACAAAGGUUCAAGUAGAUGGGUUUCAACUUGGGUUCAAUCUUCUGGUUUUCCUCUCUUAAUCAUCCCUAUUUUCUCACCUUAUUAUCUCUUUCAGUCCACAACAAGAAAACCCUUUUCUGAUUUCAACCCAAAGAUGAUAACUUUAUCGGUUUCUAUUGGUGUUAUGUUGGGAAUCAAUAACCUUUUCUUCUCAUGGGGAAAUUCAUAUCUUCCUGUUUCAACUUCUGCUUUGUUGUUAUCUUCAAACCUUGUUUUCAAUCUUGUUCUCUCUGUCAUCAUUGUGAAGCAAAAACUAACCUUUUCGAAUCUCAACUGCGUGAUGCUUCUUACAUUAAGCUCAAUCCUUCUAGCAUUGGAUUCUAGUCAUGAAAAGCCAACCGGGGUGAAGAAAAAAGAGUACUUUAUCGGAUUCUUCUGCACGAUCGGUGCCGGGUUGUUGUUUGCUUUGUAUCUACCAGUGAUGGAGAUGGUUUAUAAAAAAGUUUACUGCUACGAAAUGGUGAUGGAAAUGCAGGUUAUAAUGGAGAUUGCAGCGACGGUUUUAGCGACGGCGGGAAUGGUCUGGGACGGAGGAUUUUCUGAGAUGAAGAGGGAAAGUGAGGAAGUGUUUGAUAAGGGGAGUAGGGUUUAUUGGGUGACGGUUAUGGGGAAUGUGGUGACGUGGCAGUUUUGUUUCAUGGGGACUGCUGGGAUGGUGUUUUUGACAUCUUCAUUGACUGGAGGGAUUUGUAUGACAGCAUUGUUGUCUAUGAAUGUGUUGGGUGGUGUUUUGGUUUUUAGAGAUGAGUUUGGUGGUGUUAAGGCUGUUUCAACUGUUUUGUGCAUGUGGGGAUUUUGUUCUUAUGUUUGGGGUAUGUAUGUUAAGAUGUUGGAAGAGAAAGGGAGAAUGAGGAACCAGAAGGAGGAUUCUACUGAGAUGAUUUAUAUAGGGAAUCAUCAUGAUAUGAUGUGAGUAAUUGAAAAUAUUUGUAUGAUGUUUUUGAUUUCAUGGCUAGUUUGAUUAGUGAUUAGGACUUGGAUAUGGAGCUUUUGGAUUUGAGUUGCAUAAGUGCUUUUGAGUUCUUGAUUGGAGAAUCAUUGCUUUAUCAUGAAUCUAUUAAUGAAAAGACU